UUUGGCGGCGAGUUCGGGCGUGAGGCGAGCCGCGAGCAUGUUUCCUGGAAAAUUGCAGUUUGCGUUUAUUGCUGGGAUCUCAGCCGCCCUCGGGAGCGUGUUUGGAAAAUUAUCUGGCUCCCCUGAAUUGUUAGAGGUGGUUCCAAAACUUUUUAUCUAUGCCGACACACAGAAUCUGGACUUAAUCGAGUACUUGAUAUUUAUUGUGCAAGGUAUUUGCUUUGCCCUUAUGAUAUUUUGUAAUGCUUCUGUGUGGUCAUUUUACGUGAGAGCACUGCAGUCCUCGAAUUCAUCCCUGCCGGCUACUGUUGUCAGUACAGCUACAAAUUACAUUGUCUCGGCUAUCUUCGGGAUCAUACUCUUUGGAGAAGCAACCGGUUUUCUAUGGUGGACUGGGACAUGUCUCGUAAUAAUUGGCCUGGCCCUGAUCUCAAACGGUGCAAAGUCUGCUGCGAAGACUGAUUAAAAUUAAUAUUUUUAGCUCCACAUACAUUUUUUAUUGUGAAUAGGUCUGUGACAGCAGAUCCAAAGUCAUUAUUUCAGUUCACAUCCAUUUUUAUUUGUAUAAAGGAUUAAUUGCACGUUGAAUAAUAAUUCUUCUCA